AAACAAAUCGAUUAUUCUACAUUUUAUUCUUUGAAAGUUGACUCCGGCUUUUUUAAGUCAACUAAUCGAUUGGUCGGAAGUCGAGUUUGGGAUCCCUAACACAAACAUUGUUUAAAUUGUAGAAAGUUUAAUAUUAUUUUUUUUGUAUUGGUAAAUCAGCACUUUAGAAAAUAUUUUUUGGACGCCAUAAUGUCUGCAGUGAACAUUUGCCGCCUGUGUGUUAAUGUAUGUAGUAAUUACAAACGACUUUAUGAUGACACGGAGGUUUAUGACAUUACUGUUAAAUAUUUUGAUCCUAUGUUUUUAAAUCUCAAGAGUCAUAAUGCCUUAUGUUUUGAUUGUUGGUGCCAUAUCGUGGAUUUUCACAACUUUCAACAGAAUGUUGCUCUGGCUCAAAAUAAGUUUACCGAUAAAGAGAUUCUGGUUGCAAAUAACGCCAUAAAAUCCGAAAUUCUAAACCAGACUUUGGAGGAAUCCAACGCAAAAUCGCUGUUCCAUCAAGAUGUAUGCGUCAAAAAUGAGCCACCUGAGCUGGAACCUGAGUCAGCAACCGAUGAUGCGAACGAUCAUUUAGUAGUGCCCGAAUUAUUAUUCUCUGUUGAUGAACUUGAAAGCUUGGCCAGUCUCAAACAUACAACAACUGCCAACACCAAAAAACGAAAAUUGUCUGACGCCGAUAAUGGUGCCAAAAUAACGUCUAAUUUAAGUUCAGAACAACAUGUAAAUUUAAAGAAGGCUUUGGUUAAAAAGGUAAUGAAUCAAUUCAAUAAUUCCUUCAACAAGCCAACAACAACGCCAACAACCAAUAAAGUGCCUUCGGGUCAUAACAAAAUAAGAGAGCCUCUAAACGAUAUUUCCAGGAAAAAUCUAGCAGCAGCUGUGUCUUCAACAUCACAAAUGGCUAGUAAUGACCAACAACAAGUAAGGGCUAAAAGUGCCAAAAUGCUGGACAAACUGAUAGCCAAUUAUCGGUCACUUUUGCGAUGUGAGUUAUGCACCAUGCACUUCUCCACGUUCACUCUGUUACAAGAUCAUCAUCGCGAAAAGCAUGCUAACGAAGAGUUUUUCAUUUUGUGUUGUGAACGUAAGUUUUACCUGCGUUCUCGCUUGGAGAAACAUCUGCGAUCGCAUAGUGGUGACCCAAUUAAAUGUCACGGCUGUGGGCGCUGUUUCACAUGGAAAAUCACACUGUCCCGACAUAUUCGUAAAUGUCCCCAAGUUCUGCAAAAACAAAGACAAGCCACAGCUAAACCCGGUUUAAACCCUCAUUUGAAACCCCACAUUGUAAAAGGUCAAGCAAUGAAAAGAUACCAAUGUAAUGUAUGCGAAAAGAGCUAUACCAAAAAUCAUAGUUUGCGCGAGCAUAUGGCUGUGCAUACAGGAGACUCCUUGUACUCCUGUAGCCAUUGCCCAGAAACUUUUAUAUAUCGCUCUAGUUGGAGGAUGCAUCAACUAAGGCAACAUGCCGGCCUACGGAAGGCCACUCAGAAAGUCAAAAAAUAGUCUACAUAAAAAAGGAGAAAGCGUAAUAGGUCAAAACCCCAGUACAAUGAGUGCAAAACAGCAUAAAUUUUAUGAAAUAGCAUUGAGUUUAUAUGUAACCUUGUGUUAUGGGUCGGAUGACCUAACCGAAUGUUCUACUAUUUCAAUAACAUUCUGUAUUGUUGUUGAAUUAGUAGCUUAACAGCAACUUUCUUAAAUCUUUUUUUUUUU